GGGUGAUAAAAAUGCUGCCCCCAGUACAACGAAUGUUGCCGCUGCCGUUUCUGGGGCAACAACAGCAACAACUCUUAAGGACGACCCGCAGCCCCCGAAGAUCACGAUGAGCUAUUGCGGCAUUGCGGGGGACACUCCGGACCAGACGAAGAAGCGGGGAAAUUGGUACGAUGUACUGAAUAUGCAUGGUAAGUACUUCGCCUGGGUCUGGAUUUGUGAUGCGAGUCUCGUAUGCGAGGGAGAUCUCUAUUGCAGGAUGAGGAUCUGCUUUCAGCUUCCUUUUUUGUUGUGUUCUUGGAUGAAGCAGGCAGUUUGUCUAUGCGAUUUACGAAGCCGAAUCAACAAGAAACCUCGUAAAACAACUUGUCAUGCAGCCGUGCUGCCGUACUAAAGAGGCCGUUGCAUGAUCAUCAUGGUACAACUAGAUGACUCAGCGUCGUGUUUUUGUGAUGUAUAACGGCCACGACGGGAAAAGUGAACUGGUGGUGGAACUGG